CCUAGUAGAGCGUGAAAUUGGGCAAAGUCAUCUAGAUAUAUUGGAAGCGGAGAGAGAGAGGACCUGAAAGAGAGUCUAAGCGUAGACGAAAGGAUGCCGCUGAGUACGACCGCUAUCGGAGCACUCUUGGGAUUGGGCACCCAGAUGUACUCCAAUGCCCUCCGCAAGCUCCCUUACAUGCGCCAUCCUUGGGAACACGUUUUGGGGAUGGGAAUUGGAGUGGUGUUUGUAAAUAAGCUGGUCAAAUGGGACGCCCAGCUCCAGGUAGACCUGGACAAGAUGCUCGAGAAGGCCAAGGCCGCCAACGAAAGCCGUUACUUUGAUGAAGAUGAUGAUUAGCUUUGUCUUCUCCAUGAAUUGUGGCAUGUUCAAACAAGACAUGCAUGUUUUGAGAGGAUGCUGGAUUCAAAGUUGUCUACACUUGUUUGCUAGUGUAUGUUGCCCUGUUUUUAUGAGUACUGCAAUUUUUUUGUUUGCUUCACAGAAAAAAAAAGUGGGCUUGAUAAGUUAGCCUGGGGAAUUUAGUAUCUACUGCGUUACGUAAUAAAUGAAAUGAAAUUAAUUGAAUUGAAAUGAAUCACUGCAGUAGGUGUUAUUUGAUGAAGGAUCUAAUCUAGUACUGAAUUUUCUGGAGUA